CUUGUAUUUUACUUUCAAAAAAGUUUAAUCUGAAAUUAGAUUUAACUAAUAUGCAUGUAAAGCUGCACAGUAAAAAUGUUAAGUGUUAAAUAACCUCUUAGAGAGUGAAGAAUUGUCCAUUUCUGAGUACAUAGCACAAAAGCCUAGAUGGAAAAGUUCAUUUCACGGUUAUGUUUUCUCUUCCACCUCUCCAUAAAAUUCCCAACAAUUCCCAGACCUGGAGGGAUGUAUAUUUCUUUAAAUUUGAUGGCUUGUUCUUAGAUGUAACCCACACAAUGAUUUGAUGAAAAGGUUCACAAGCUUCUCUAAAUCAAUUGCUCUUUGCUCCUAUAGUGAAACCAUCUCUCUGGUCCAGUGUAAAAGAAGGUUCUGAUGUGAUCAGGAGCUGUGAAGUAUCACACCUUCCAGAUUCAGCUACACUGGACUGGGAAAGGGACAGAGAACCUACUGCUAACACAACGCUGAUCUACAACAACACUGCCCACAUCAUCAUCCACAGUGCUGACCGAUCCAGUGAGGGAACGUAUAGCUGCACACUCAGAUGGAACGGAGCACUUAUUUUCAGCAUUCCCAGGACACUUAAAGUCUCCAAGGGUACACACAGCACACAGCACACUCUGUACAGAGGGAGUUUGAACAGCAGUGAGGUGGUGCUAAUCUGCCGUUCUUGGAACUCAUACGGAACAGCGUCAUGGCGAUGGGUGCCAUCGUCUGGGACAAAUGCAAUCCGUGUGGCCUCAGCUGAAAAAUAUAAGAAUGCUUCGAUUUCCAUGGAGAUAGAUAAAGAGAGAUUCUCAUCUGAGCGCUAUGAUGGAUCUAAUUUCCCUCUGAGAAUCUCACCAGUGAAGUUUGGAGACAGUGGAAGGUACUUCUGUUACUGUGAACACUACCCGAUGGCCUCAGUAACUCUGGUAACUGUUCAGGUGCCCCCUGGUGGUCUGUCCAGGAAUCAGUCAGUUGUGCUGAACUGUGAGAUAUCACAGGUGAUCGGCUCUGUGACCCUGGCCUGGCUCUGGAUGAAGGGGGGCAGGGGGGAGCUCGUAAAACAGGAGGUCCUGAGUAAGAGGAACCCAAAAAAGAUGCUCAGUCUCACCCUUCCCAUUCUGAGUAGAGACCAGCUGCACUGGGCCUGUGCGGUGUUCACAGAGAGCAUGCUCAGAGCACAGGUCCCCCUGCACCUCACACUGCCAGCACCUGAACCUCAAGUGUUGGUACAGUACAAAUACUUACUUUCUGGGGAGGGACAGAGGGUCUCUCUACAAGCCCCUGCUGAAACCAAAGGGACAGAAUUCACCUGGGAGUGGACGUCACAUGAUGGAAGCUACACAAACACUCGGAUAAUAACUAUACAGUCCGAUGGAAACUAUUGGUGGGAUUUGAAGAAGGCGCCUAUUUCAAAACAAGGGAAGUACAACAUUUAUCUGGAGCCCAAGUUACAAAAUGCAGGAGUUUUUACUUUUAUUCAAACUAAACCUGAGAAAGUAAAAGUGGCCCAGUUUGAAGUGUUCGCUGCAGAAGGUAAAAUCAUUCUUUAAUGUGGUUUUCACAUUAUGAAAUUAUACAUAUGAUGUAUUUUUUUAUAUAUAAGAGUAAUAUAAAACAAAGUUGAAGUACUGGAUAUCUUGUAUUUUACUUUUACUAAAGCUGAAUUUGAAAUUUGAAUAAAAUUUUAUGUAAAGCUGUACAGUAAAAUAUCAAGUGUUAAAUCAACACUUACAGAAUAAACAUGUUUCCGACUGGACUCAUAUGUACUCUGUUAGAGUUUAAUUAAAUCUGGAAAUAUUACAUCAGUGCACUGGGAACAGAUAAGUGGGAGUAAAAGCAGUAGCUUGUGUUUCUCAUAUUUUUGUACACUGCUUUAUUAAACCUGAGGCGAUAUAAAUCAGAUUAGUCUAUUAAUAGUUUCUUAAUAGUACA